CCUGACUCUCUCUUCCCCUAAUCCCCGCGAAGGAAAGCGAAACGUGAAAAAUCGCGGAGCACACCCUCGUUCGUCCCCGUCGUCCGCCAGUGCCAGUGGCAACCAAUUCGGUCUCCCCUUCCCCAAAUCUCGCUCCACAGUCCGGCUCCGGCUCCGGCUCCACACGGCGCGCCGACGGUCAACCUUGGCGCCUUGUCUCGCGUCCGCGGCAGCUCGGCGCAACGGUGGGCGCCUCCGCCGGACAAGCAGUAGCGUUCCAGUAGCAAGGCGACCCCGCUAUUAUCAGGCACUCUCUCGACUGGCUCGGAGCAAUUUGCCACACCGCCUGCUGAUUGCGCCCGAUUGUUAGGUUGGGGGCAUGUCGAGCGCGGUGGUGAACGGGCUGGCCGGCGCCGGCGGCGGCAUCAUCGCCCAGAUCAUCACAUACCCCCUCCAGACCGUGAACACCCGGCAGCAGACAGAGAGGUCAGCGAAGAAGAAGAAGGCCGGUGGCGGUGGCUCCGACGCUUCCACCCUCUUCCAGAUGCUCCAGCUGGUCCAAACGGAAGGCUGGGGUGGGUUGUACAGCGGCCUCAAACCCUCACUUAUUGGCACCGCUGCCUCGCAGGGAAUCUAUUACUACUUCUACCAGCUUCUCAAGAACAAGGUGGAAGAUGUGGCAGCUGCUCGUGGGAAAAAGGGCCUAGGGGAUGGCACUGUUGGGAUGUUUUCUUGGCUUGUUAUUGCAGCUGUUGCUGGGUCAAUCAAUGUUCUUCUUACAAUUCCAAUAUGGGUUCUUGUCACACGUAUGCAGACACAUACACAGGCAGAAAGGAAGGUGAUAGAGUCCAAGAGGGAGCUUUUGCUUAAGGAAAUAUCCAGGGCCAAUCCAAUGGAUGCUCAUAUUCUUAAGGAUAGAUUAGCUAAGCUUGAUUCUGAAAAACCUCGCCCAUAUGGCACACUUCAAGCAAUCCGGGAGGUCUAUCGUGAAUCAGGCAUAAGUGGAUUCUGGAAAGGGCUUAUUCCGACACUAAUUAUGGUAUGCAAUCCAUCAAUUCAGUUUAUGAUAUAUGAAACACUGUCAAAGCAUCUCAAGUCAAAGCGGUCUGGAAAGCGAUUCCCCAAGAAGAAUAUCACUGCUAUGGAGGUAUUCUUAAUAGGUGCAAUGGCAAAGCUGGGAGCUACUCUUGUGACCUACCCGUUGUUAGUGGUCAAGUCUAGGUUGCAGGCAAAACAGGAAAUUGGCAGGAACGCGGCGUCCAGAUAUACAGGUACAUUAGAUGCAAUAUUGAAGAUGAUUCGCUACGAGGGAUUGCAUGGAUUUUACAAAGGAAUGGGUACAAAGAUUGUACAGAGUGUUCUUGCCGCCUCGGUCCUUUUUAUGGUGAAGGAGGAGCUGGUUAAGUUUGUAGUUCUUUUAGUUGCCAGGAGCAGGACUCUGCUUCUUACUAGAUCUAACAAACUAUAGAUCUUGUUCUCUGAUCAGAUUAUUUUGUUGUCUCCACAUGUAGUAUUCCUUUUGAAAAUGCACUUUCAGUUCUUUAUUAGUCAGAAAAUCUUAAGUAUCUCUAAUUGCUAAAGAUGUUCUUCUUUGUGGCGUGA